GUAGACCCCAACUGCUAUCCCCAAUCGGACUCCUUGUUGCUAAUGGCGAAGUCCACAGAGCAGGAAGAGCGAUACGAGGGAAUCAAGCUGCCGGAAAAAGGCAGCCCUGCCGCCGACGCCGCCGUAGACGAAGACGAAUUAUCUCCGAUCGAGCAAGUCCGAUUGACUGUGUCGACAACUGACGAUCCCAGUCUUCCAGUAUGGACGUUCCGGAUGUGGUUCCUUGGGCUUCUGUCCUGCGCCCUAAUGUCUUUCCUGAAUCAGUUCUUCGCCUACCGAACGGAGCCGCUUGUGAUCACGCAGAUCACCGUUCAGGUGGCCUCUCUUCCGGCGGGACAUUUCCUCGCUCGAUCCCUACCGACGACGAAGUUCCGACUGCCGGGAUUCGGUGAUCGGAAGUUCUCGCUCAAUCCGGGGCCGUUCAACAUGAAAGAGCAUGUCCUGAUCUCGAUCUUUGCAAACGCCGGGUAUUCUUUUGGAAACGGAAAUGCUUAUGCUGUUGGGAUUGUUAACAUCAUCAAGGCGUUCUAUAAGAGGAAUAUCUCAUUCAUCGCUAGCUGGAUUCUUAUUAUCACCACCCAGGUUUGAUCGCUUUCCUCCAUAAUCUGUCUGGUUUUCUGCACUUUUCGUUUCCCUGUUCUCCCGGGGAUUUGAUCGGGAUUACUUGCAUAAAACUUGAGCAAAAUUAUCC